AACGAGGCGCAUGAGUAUUUCUGCGCCGCGCGUCGGUCAGUGCGCAUCGUGGAGCUGGUGCGAGGCGGGCCUGUUUGGGCGUCGAUAUUUUUGUUUCGCUCAUCUGUUCAGAUGACUGCAGAUUUUUCAUUUUCGGAUUUGAACGUGUUAGAUGUGAGCAUUUUUUGAGCGUGUCAUGGGCGAAGUGCAAACGCCUUGCGAAGACCUUGUCGUUGGGGGCGCUCGGGCGACUGACGGUGAGCAGACAACCGGAAACGAGCCCUCUGCCGGAAGUUGCCCGGAACCCGUGGCUCCACCCAGUGACGUGCAGACGAACCGCUGCGACGCCGUCGAUGCCGAAGAACGACCCGAGGAGCACGAAGCCGAAGCCUCGGCUGGCGGACCUACGAAGCUCGUUCGUUCAAACUCGUGCGGUGGAAAAAAGAGGAAGAACCGCCGUGGGAAGAGCAAGAAGCGCAAGUGGAAACCCUACUACAAGCUUUCGUGGGAGGAACGCCGCGAAUUAGAGGAACGUGAGUCGCGCCGCGCCAACCGCCUCCGUCAGCGAAUGUUCGCUCACGGCCAGCCCGUCGCUCCGUACAACACGACGCAGUUUCUCAUGGAGGACCACUGCGUCCAGGAGCCAGACUACGAGAGCAUGAACGGCGUCCACCACCGGCACCGCGAGAACAGCAUCAACGACAGCGUGGACUCCUCGGACGAGUUCUACAGCUCGCCCGAGGACGAAGAGGACUUCCUGCAGAAGCAAUUCAGCGAGGCCUACGAGGACGUUCACGCCGAACGGCUCAACUCGAUGAGCAAGUCCGAGCUGGUCCAGGAGUACCUGCUGUUGGAGGAGCGCGUCGAGGAACUGGAACACAAGCUGAAGGCCGCUCGUGCCGCUCGUGCCGAUGCACAGACUCAGACGGGCGCCGAAGCCCGACCGCCGCCGGUGACCGACUCGGACGAGCAGGCGCAGCAGAAGAUGGCCGUGUUUCGCGACGAGAUCCGUAAGCUCGCCGACGAGAACGCUCUGGUGCGGGCGCACAACCGGGCGCUUCGCGAAGCGCUGGACCCCAGCCCGGUCGACCUGUCGGCCUCGUGAUUGACGUUCGUGCUUGUUUCUUUCUGGUCUGUACAUAGAGCACUUUCCCACUCCUCUCUCAUUGUUUUUUUUUUCGUUAUUUUUUUUUU